AAUAUGUGUAAUUCGUUCCAUAACGCAGUGACCAUAAACUGGAAAGUUUUCUUUUGGAUUAUAUACUUUGAAUGUAUGACCAAAAUUCAAUCUAAGGGAGUUGUAUUUCCAGUAGACAGGUGUCCGGUGAAUGUAUCUGAAGUUGAAUAUGCAACCAAAAGACUGAACUGUUCGGGAUUUGACAAGUUUGAAAACACGUAUCAUUGUCUGCCAUUGUCUGACUUAUCUCAACUUGUAGAACUAUGCUACUUUACCAGCUUUUUGAUCGAAAAGGGAAAUUGCAUGGUACUACAAUCUGGAUAUUUAAACAACCAGUCAUGUUUACAUUUUCCUGAAGGCUGUCCUAAAAAAACCCUACCAGUCCAAACUGAUGAUGGAUUUUCCAGUUUGCACAAAAAUCAACAAACAAAAAAGAUGUUAUAUAGCAGACCCUGCCUGUCCGAAUCUAACCAGUGACUUUAAAGAAUGGACCUUUCUUACUACAACCGAUACAACCACGCUAUCAAGUACCACUUCUACCGAUCAGGGAGAUACUUCUAUUGAUAAAAACUGGGUAGCGAUACUAACGGGUGUUAUAGGUGUAAUUAUUUUCAUAUUCAUCUGUUCAGGAUUUACUUGGAAACGUUUUCGAAAUGCAAAGAAAAGGGACAAGCCAUCUUCUUUAGAUGUGCGCUAUACAAGAUCCAGGAAGAAUCAACAUCCUGAAACAGAAGGUUUAUUUCAAGAGAUAGUAAAUGAACAGAUGAGAGGAGGGGGUA